CAUGUGGCAUUUACUGUGGACCGUAGUAAGUCUGGCAGUCAGAGUGGAUGGAAUUCCCAAAAGGUGGAGACAGGAAGGAAUCCACAAAUGCUGGAGAUGGGUUGGAAUCCCCAAAAGGUGGAGACAGAGUUCCUUAAGCUGUUCAAGAGAGCAUCUAAUGAUGAAAUCUUCGGAUGGAUUGAUGCAAAUAUCGGUAAUGAUGCCAAGAGCAGCAAAUUUAUACGUGCCUUGGUAACCGCCUUAGUGGAGAGUCAAGCUACGACUUCCAAUGAUGGUUCCUCAAUUUGUGUUUCUGAAGAUUUUGAGGAAAAAAUGAAGAACCGUCUAGCUGUGGUGCUCAAGUAUGUUGAUAGCAAUGAAAAAUUGGAGAUGCAGUGCAUCUAUGCCCUCCAAGCUCUUAGUGUUAAACAUCAGCAUCCUAAAGGUCUGCUAGAAAAGUGCUUCAAUGCUUUUUACGAUUCAGAAGUGGUGUCUGAAGAAGCCUUCGAGCUGUGGGCCAAAUUUCAGGAUCCUGAAGAACAGGAGGGAAAGGGUGUGUGUGUUAACUCGGUCAAAAACUUCAUGCGAUGGUUAAAGGAGGCAGAUGUAGAAGAAACUGAAACUCAUGCCUAAGGGCUUGACCCUCCUACCUCUUCAAUUCUUCCUUUAAGUGUUGAUACAGAGAUGAGUUUUUUUUUUUUUUCGUUACUGAUGGACUCAAUAUAUUGUAGAAAACUGAAGUUGAAAUAGGAGCCAGAAUUUUUACUACAGUGACUUGUGUCUUGAGCCUGGCACAAAUGGCAGAUAUUGAAAAGACUUUCAAGCCAUUAGCGUUGGAGUGCAUUAAGCUGCAUCUGGUAGUCUUCCUGUUGUCUUGGUCUCAUAACGAGAGUUUCACCACAGGUUGGACUCGGCAAGCUUAUGCAUGAGCGGACUUGUAUACUGCCUACUGUGGUUUUUUAUAUAUAGUGUAAAAAGUGCACAUGAACAGUUAAAAAAAUGUUAAAAGUGCAGAUGGUUUUGUAAUUCUUGCUAGAUUGAGCAUCAGUUGCAUAUUGUUAUUGUGUUAUAGCAUAGUUGAAAUGAAAACUGCAUUCCCUUCACUUCCAGGAUAUUGAGUAACUGUAUAGAGGAUACAUGCAUUUAGAUACUUGAAAGCUCAGUUACUUGUUUACAGCUUGGCUCCUCAUAAGUUUUGUAAAUUAUGGCUCAAAUUCUGUGAUUUGUUUUGUAUAUUUAUAUAAAUAUUUAAGUCGUGUACAGACCCGAGCAUGUGCCUAAGGCUGGAGGAUAUGCUUGCUGGCUGCUGUCAACUCCCGAGAACUCUCCUGCUACCCAGGGAUGUUGACAUAUCGUUGAAUUUAAUAUGCAAAAUGUGACGUUUGCAACCCACGGCGAGUCGCUGUGUGUCCCAUCAAGCGCUUGCUACUCCGCUAGUUAUGCAGAGAUAGUUGAACUCUCGCCUGUGCCCCUGACCUUUUGACUUGUUAUAUGGUACUUAUACUGAAUGCUGAUGUUACCUUUACCCAUCCCUAACUGAUGCUCUUGCUCCAUGCUGUCUUUUUUUUUUUUUUUUUUUUUUUUAUUUAUAUUUUUUUGCUGCUGCUGGGCUUUAUAACAGACAAGAAAAUUCCCAAAAUGGAUCAUUGUGGUAGGGUAUUGGUUUACUCCAGUUACAAAUGACAUGAAUGUGCUAAAUAGUGUGCUGGGCAUAGGACAAAGUUCAACUUCUCAUGUCGUUAAUGCGUUAUUAUAAGCAAAAGGAAAACUGGGGUUAUAUUUAAGAUGAAGUGCUAUAAAUUAAUAUUGUAAACCAUAUCGCCUCUGAAAAUAAAUUUAAUAUUUACAAA